AUGCCCACCGCCGGGAUCGCGCCCAAGACCCUCCCGACGCUAUUCCAAGGCACCGCCCCUCGACUCUCGCGUCUGUGCUGCAUCGGACUGUCGCCACACCUGCACAACCGCUUCCCAAACCUGACGCACCUCUAUCUGUAUGAGGGGUCCGUCUUUCCGGGGAGAGGCGACCAUGCGGCCACUAGCUGGCACGGGGUCCACGACGCAACGCCGUUCCUCCCCGCGUUCCUCGACUUUCUGGAGGGCGCGCCAGGCCUCGAGGAGCUCGUGCUCGUGCACAGGUCUGCCGCUUCCUGGUGCACGUGCGGUAAGUGCAGGAAGGACCCUGAGGAGCUCGCGGGGCGGCGCGUGCGCAUGCCUCGGCUGCGGCGGAUCACCUUCGGGGAGUAUGCCUGGGCGAACGCGGGCCGCAUCCUGCGGUACGUCGUGCCCGCAAAGAGGGUGACCGUGCAGACGGACGGCGCGGAGGGGCAUACGGGGAACUUCAUGUACGACGUGUUGUCCUUGCUCACGCCCGAUGCGGGCUUCUUGGGACACCUCGCGGGGAUCACGGAGGUGGCGUUGUGGUUGAGGGAGGGCCAGCAUUGCAGGGUCACUUGGUAUGCGGUUACCCUGCGGCGCGAGUACCCCGCGAUGUUCGUGCACGCCGUCGCGGCGGCGCUGGACCUGCGGAGGGUCGUGGACUUGAGCGUGCAGAUGGACUCUUGGGGGUUGCUCUCCGUGCAGGACGCCCAGGCGCUGUUCUCGAGUAUGCCCGCGGUGCAGAGGUGCACCUUCUGGAUGGACUCGCGUAUACAUAGGAGUUAUUGGCAGAGGUGUCUGUCGAAGGCGGACGUACCUUUCCCUGACCUGAGGACACUGCACUUCGUGUGCAAUAUGCCUAAGGAUUGGAGGCCAUGGGAGAUCCUGGGACUUGCCAUCCGGCGGGCGAAACGCGGGCGUCGUUUGGAGGAGGUGAAGCUCACCGCGGUAGCAAGUGAGGGCUCGGUCCCCAGCUUCGUACGGUGGGAUGUGGAUGCGUUGCAAGUGGGCGGGAAACGACUGCUUGACUAUGUCGGCUCGUUACGCUUCGAGCAGGUAACCAUCACCUCGCUGAUGAAAGCUCCCGUGCUUAAGCAUUGGGAUGGAUGUUUGCUGUAG